AUAGGUCAUCAGCUUAUAUCGACGGGGCGGUACAAAGGUCGGAGGAAGUGCUCUGUGUUGUUGCCGGAAGCAGGAAAGGAAAGGCUGUGAUGGCGGCUGCGGCUCUAGCUGAGGAGGUGCCGGUGGACGGCGCGGAGGAACUGCAGCCCGCUGUGGAGGCCGAGGAGCUGGCCGCCCAGAAGCGCGAACAGAGGCUGCGCAAAUUCCGGGAGCUGCACCUGAAGCGGAAUGAAGCUCGUAAAUUAAAUCACCAGGAAGUUGUUGAAGAAGAUAAAAGACUUAAGUUACCUGCUAAUUGGGAAGCCAAAAAAGCUCGUUUGGAAUGGGAACUACAGGAAGAAGAAAAGAAAAAGGAAUGUGCAGCAAGGGGGGAAGACUAUGAGAAAGUAAAGUUGCUGGAGAUCAGUGCAGAAGAUGCAGAAAGAUGGGAGAGGAAAAAGAGGAAGAAAAACCCGGAUCUGGGAUUUUCAGAUUAUGCUGCUGCCCAGCUUCGCCAGUAUCAUCGGCUGACCAGGCAGAUCAAACCUGACAUGGAAACGUACGAGAGACUGAGAGAAAAACAUGGAGAAGAGUUUUUCCCAACGUCCAACAGUCUUCUUCAUGGAACACAUGUGCCUUCCACAGAGGAAAUUGAUAGGAUGGUCGUAGAUCUGGAAAAACAAAUUGAAAAACGAGACAAAUAUAGCCGGAGACGUCCCUAUAAUGAUGAUGCAGAUAUCGACUACAUCAAUGAAAGAAAUGCCAAAUUCAACAAGAAGGCUGAAAGAUUCUAUGGGAAAUACACAGCUGAAAUUAAACAGAAUUUGGAAAGAGGAACAGCUGUCUAAUCCUUUCAGGAACCGCUUUUAUAAGCUUGAGAAUGGAAUGAAAAUUUCUGCUAGCCAAUAUAAGUUCUCUUCAGAGUUAUACCAGUAAACCAGAACUUGGUCUCUGCCUUCCCAUUCAGCAUUUAAAAAUAAAUGUUUUUUCUUAAGCGUAUACUUCCAUGUAUAUUUCCACAUUUUUGUGCUUGGAUAUCAGAUGUAUUUCUUGUACUUGUUUUGUAAAAAUCUGCUUUGUAUAAAUUCUAAUUACAUUAUUUUUCUAUGUAUUUUUAAAUGUGUAUGACUGUUUAAUCUUUGAAGCAUUUUGGGUUUAAGAAUGCUUGCAGCAUGUGUAAAUGCAGUCAUUGUUACUUUGAGUGCUGUUAUGAAUUUGAUAAAAUCUAGAGCUGGACUCAGGAACCAUUUGGAGUUUAGACUCCAAAGCUAAGGACAGUGAGGAGAAAGGUGGUAGUGGCUACUAGCGGGUUGGCAGGCCCUCCCCAUGGCUGUUUAGGGCUAAGUUCAGGAAAUAGUACAACUGCCCUCCCAUGAAUACUGUGUAACAGUUCCCUUUUUAAAAAGUAAAUGUCCUGUGGAAUGGAGUCCCCACUGGACAGUGUAUCAUUUAAAACAAAUAUUUGUAUUUAUACAUUCAUAUAUACACAGACGUACACGUACAUGCUUCCAUUCCACAAACAUUAAAAGUUUUUCUAUUAUAGGAAAUUCCAAACAUAUUCAAAAGAGGACAGAAUAAUUCAAGUCCCAUAUACCGAAUACCCAUCUUCAGUUAUCUCAACUUAUGCCAAUUGUUUCAUCUUUAUUCCUACCCACUUUCCCCUCUAACUCAUGUUAUUUUGAAGCAAGUACUAAAUGUAUAAUUUCAUCUAUAAAUACUUCAGUAUAUAUCUGAAAGAUAAAAGUUUGUUAAAAAAAA